CAACUGGCGGAAGUUUCAGAAAGGUUUGCUUCACAAGACAUCAAAAACGAACGGCUCUUCCGAACCCAUCCGUCGACCGCCAAACUCUCUCUCUCUAAACAGCCAUUUUUCUCUCUCUAAGUUUGAGCCUCCUUGGUCUCAGUUGGAAUGUCGUCGACCUGUAUGUGUUGUAGACUUGUGAUUCCGACAAAAUCGAUCAAUAACAGCUUCCUAAGUGUCCCAAUUGGUGUUGAAUCGAUACCUCAUGGCCGCGUUCAUGUUUCUACAAAGCCUAUCAAUUCUAGGGUUUGUGUUGUUCGUGCUUCAAUGGUGGACUCUUACGAAAGCUCCUCCAACUUCGUUAAGCGCAUGGAACGAGCGUGGCUAAUCUCUCAGCAACCCGGUCCUAUUGCUUGUUCUUCUUGUGACUCAAAGGGGCAUGUUGAAUGCAAAUGGUGCGGCGGUACUGGUUUCUUUAUCAUUGGUGAUAACAUGCUAUGUCAAGUGCCAUCCAGAAAUACAAGCUGUGUUAUUUGUGCUGGAAAGGGAUCAGCAUGCUGCUCCGAUUGCAAGGGAACAGGCUUUCGUGCAAAGUGGUUGGAAGAGCCUCCAAUCUCCCAGUAAUAUUGCUGGCUGUCAGUUGUUGCGCACGCAUCCGUUAAAACUGCUCCCAUCAUUCUGACGUUUCUUGGUAUAGAUUGAUUCUGUUUACAUUGUUUAAGACAUCGCUGAGGCGCAUAAACUCCCGUCUUACAAAUUACAUCAUGAAUUAUUUUGAAUGCAUAACCCACAGUUGUAUUAUUUUUUAACUUCACGGAAUGAAAUAAAAUUCCAUUGUUUACAAUUUA